CCAACAGACGCAACGCUCUCGCUGAUGAGCAAGAAGGCAGAGCACGGCGGCAUGAAUUCUACUUCCACGCAACUACAUAAUUUUUCACCUGAGCAAGAUCUUCUAGCGCAGACCGACAUCGGGGAAGAUCCGGCCGAGGAUUUUUCUGGCCACUCGCACUAUCCUGUGCAAAAGUAUCGUACUCGAACUAAGUAAUGGCUUUUAUGCAUUACAAAUCUAUUUCUUAAGGCAAAUCCGCAUUACAGAUUCAAUUUGUAAUUCUAAGCCAAUUUGUAAUGCAUUGCAGCAAUUUAUGGAUAAAAUAGAACUAUAGAAUUUUUACUCGGAUUUUUCGCCCUUAUAGAUUAUAGGGGCGCCCUUAGAAAAUGAAUUCUAGAAAAAAGGGCAUCUAGAAACUUCCCUUAAGGGAGCCCUUAAGGGAAAUUUCUAGGAGGACACGCGUAAGAAAAAAAAUGGCAUCGCGGGGAACAAACAUCCUGCAGGUGUGUCCUCCACGCGUGCGGCCCGGCCGGUUUUUAGCAGGUUUAUUCUGGCUGCCCCCAAACACCGGCCCCGUUUGGGGGGGUAGGGGGGGCGAUGAAGCUCGGCAUGCAAAAUGAAAAGGGCGGCCCUUCCCGCAUCUGGGGAGAUAUCUGGGGAGAUAUCUGGGGAGAUAUCUGGGGAGAUAUCUGGGGAGAUAUCUGGGGAGAUAUCUGGGGAGAUAUCUGGGGGGAUAUCUGGGGAGAUAUCUGGGGGGAUAUCUGGGGAGAUAUCUGGGGGGAUAUCUGGGGAGAUGUCUGGGGAGAUGUCUGGGGAGAUGUCUGGGGAGAUGUCUGGGGAGAUGUCUGGGGAGAUGUCUGGGGAGAUAUCUGGGGCCGGGGAUAUAUCUGCGGAGAGGCCUUUUCUAGAGAUCAGGGCAGGAAGCCCAAAAGCGGGGGAUCGGGCCAAGGCCAAGGCCGGCGGCCGGGUCGGGCGGGGGCGAGCUAGUAAGUUCGGAAGAAGCCCCGGAAGCGAAGGCGCGCGCGUCCACUAAUCUGGGCCGCUACUAGUGAAGGGCUUCAGUAGCAAGUGCGGGCCCGUUUUGUCAUGCUAAAACCGCGGCCCGAAGGGCUUCGAAUAGUGGCCGCGUUUUCGCUAGCAGAUUCCCAAGAGCAGGACUCUUUCGACUAGUCUUCAGCCCAACGCUCUCCAAGUUUUUUCCUCUUUGUUGUUAGUUUGCUUGGUAGUUGCGUUUAGAUUUACUAGGCCACCUAUCGCCGGCGUCCUGGACGCCGGCGUAGUGGUCUAGUACUAGUACGAUAUUUUUGCAGUUCAUACGCACGCAUCGACAUCGAAAGAUUCUUACUCAUCAAACUCCAAAACCUCCUCCUCCUCCUCGAAAGAGUCGGCAUCUGUGGAGACAUUUCAGCCCCGGUGGCAGAUGAAAACGAUAACGAACCCCGAGCCGGCGGGGGCAAGAACGGCAAAUCUAACAUUCAGCUCGAAAGAGCCUUGCACAGCACCCUCGAUGUCAACAUUACCACCAGCAUCCGCGACAGGAACGUGGCUGAAGACAGAACGAGCCGAGCUGAUAGAAGCGCCGUUUGUUCACGAUCCACUCCAGCACGGUUGCCCGAUGAAAGUAGCACAGCCAGCGCUGUCCGUCGACGUGACCAGCACGGGUAAGAAGCCACCGCAGUACCUAGCUGGACGUCCGACGUCGAGCCCUGAUGUGCAGAAAGUCGCGGCGCCGCCAGCUGUAGUUGACCCGCACAGCAGCGGCAUCGUGGACGAGGAUGAGGUAGACCACCAAGAUGCGGAUCUACGAUUUCAUACCCAUGCCAACAAGAAAGAUUUUUCGCACUCGGCGGGGGAAGAAAAAAAUCAUGUUCCGGAGUAUCGCCCGCCCCCGCGACUGGCAUGGUCCACGUUGCGCCGCGCAGAGACGGAAGAGGUCCAGCAACGGGGGCAGGGUAAUGAAAAAAAUCUCGAUCAUGCAGUAGGACAAGGACCAGGGGGAGUAGUUGUAAGACCACAUGGACAUGCACAUAUGCCGGCAGAUGUCGAGCAGGGAAAAAUGAUCCAUAGAGAAGCACCCCCCACCUCCACCCCUGGUGCAACUCUGGAAGACGGCGCGGGUAUUGGAAAUCAAGACGAGACUCGCUGUACUGCACGCAGACCGGACAGCACAAGUGCAAGUGCUGGGGAAACCGAAACAACCAAGCUCCACGAUGUUGGCUCCGCGAGGUUUGGGAGGGGAGCGGCAGCUUCAAAAGUAGUGGAACAAAGUGAAGUUGAAGAAAAAGAAGAUGAACUUCCACCCCCGCAGCUCGAAGACUUGGAGCCGUGUAUUAAACGUCUGCGCUCUGCGCGCAGACUGGUUCCCACGGCGGAGGCGGCCGUGCAGAACAUCGGCGCUGGAUUGGCCGACGAAAAAAACGGGAAUUUCAGCGAGAAAAGGAACACUUGCGCGGGCGCUUCUAUGAUGUGCUACCCAAAUUCCUUUCACAGCCAGCGCAUGAAAUCAUCGUCACCUUCGCGACGCACCGAAGAGGUCACCACCAGAAGGGGCCACACUCCAGCCAUUCCAUUAUCUUCCAGCAAAGAUGAAAAGAUGGAUGAAAGACUCCUUCUUAGAUUCGCGUCGGAACAAACUGGGACGAGGUGGCGCUGUUCAAGGGCAAUGGACAUUGAUAUGGAACUGCUCUCAAGCGGUACAUUCCCAACCGUUUUACUUAUACAUCAUUUAUGAUUUAUCAGAAUGUUGCAGACUCACUAGCAUGCUUCACACGAUCUAUCAAGUUCCUUCGCAUGUUCGAAAGAGGUUCAUCUCGACGCGCUAAAUAGCAGCGGAAUCCGCGCCAAAUCUGUACUGCAGCCAGGACGCGCAAGGUGGUCGUCGUCUCUUAUUUCACUUUUGCUUAUUCGACGUGCAUGACAAAUUCAUGUAAGAACAGCCGAGAGUGCAUUAACACUUGAGAGCGCCAUAAUUGACGGCGUGCCCGGUUGUGGAGACGAAGCAGCACCAUCAUGGAGAGCAGUGGUGGCUGGCGAUGAGCUCGAGCCGCAUCCAAACCCGCAGUCCACGCCGGUGGAGGUUGUCGGACUGCAGGAUGACGAUCUUUUCUCGUCGUAUCAAUCACGCGAAGGGCACGAUGAGCAGGAGCAUGAUAUUAUAUGAAUUGCAAAAGGAAUUCUAAUUGCAGGAUCUUCGUACUCGUAGUAUUCGUCGCAAUGAUGCAUGACAGAUAUCUGUCUUGAGUCUUUCCAGCAUGACAAACCCCAUUUCUGUUCUUGAAAGAUUUGCAAUGCAAUUUCUACUAGUACGAUCUUCACGAUGCUUUUGCAAGGGAUACAUCACCAUGGACGACAAUUCUGCCAUCCUCGCGACGUCCUCUGUAAAUUACGCGGUGGAGUCGGAGUGCAUCGCUUCUCAGCAGCAGCUAUGCAUGGCAAAUAUGUGGCUGUGGUCUGGGUCUAUUGGAUUUGUAGUGCGAAAUCGAAAAGAAAACAAUCUCGCUGCUGGAUGCCAGUUUGUCAUGUUAAACGCGAAUGAGUCCGCACCGCAGGAAGUAGCUGAGGAAAAUGACUUCGGAUGCAGUAGCAGUUAUUUGAAGGCCGUACGCGUAUACGUAGCGAGAAUCCCUGCAGUGCAACUAUCAGCAGCACAAGUUUCCACCAGACCAUUAGAGUCAGAAAUAUUUGCAUUUGAUAGCAGCACCAGAGCAUUAUCUCUUCUCCGGGUCUUGCUUCAGUUGUUUCCGCGGAGGCGGUGCGAAAAGGUGACGGGAUCGCUUUUGGGCGAACGCAAGGAGUAGAUGACGGAGUUGCAGCCGCGGACGAGCUCCCGCCUGACGAUAGCAGCUGCUGUCGCGUUGUUGAAACUGCCCGAGUCGAAGCAGACACUUCGAGAAAUCGGCCUCCCCGCUCUGUAAUAUUAUCCGCCCUACCGCCACCAGUAGCGCUGCAAGAUGAAGAACCGCAUCGGAGGUCCCGACUAAUCCACUGUCGGACGGAUCCUAGGAGCACGAGUAUGGAAUUGUUUUUCAAGCGUUCCAUUGAUCGCUGUGUACGUGAUUGCCUCGGGAUCCUUUUGCAAGAACAACAAAUUAUCGGGGCGGCUUGUUCUCGUCAUGCAGAAUGAUCUGAUAUUAGGCACUUUCACUUAUUUGCAUUACAAACCAAAGGAAAAUCACGUCGCAGCGAUCAUUGUAUGUAAGAACGUUUGACAACGCCAUAGCGAAUGGCUUCUCCGUCGUGGGCGGGGACGAGCGUUCCGCCGGAAGUCCAGAUGUGUUGAUGUUGUCCUCUGGUCACUUACAACAAGGACUACCGCAACCGCCGGGACAACGAGCAGCACGACAGGUAGUUUCUCACAUCACCUCCAGCACGGUGGGACCUACUGCAGGGCAAGAGCCGGCAGGAGCUGCAGUGUCAGAUGCUUCGUCAAUGGACCACGCAGUCCCGGCACCACGAGUUCUAGAAAACACGUACACUGCGAGUGCUACUUCCGGCUUGAUUCAGGACGCGCCACCUGUUGGUCAAACAAGUUCAAGUGGUGGCCCGGAUUCCUUGGUCCCAUCGAAAUUCCCCUCCACGUUGGGCCGACCACGCCCCCCUCGCGCAAGAACCACCACCAAGCUGGAUCUCCUGUUGUUUUCCGAUAUUACAGUGAAAAAUGCCCCCACCCCCAAAGUUGCAAUGAUUUGUGAUGCGAAGUGUCCAAAUGGAGAUGAAAACUUUCUGUCAUGCAAGAAAGGAGGAUAAAUCUUUCCGAUGCACAGUCUAGGCGUAUGUAGCAUUGCUUGCAUGGCAAGCGUCGCUCUGACUGGGAUCUUUUGCAAUACAGAUCUUUUGCUAGUCACGAGUGAAAAUCUGUGAUGCUGAUAGAUGCAAGAGGGCGAGUGUUUCACUUGGAAAGGUUUGCAAUGCAAAUGCUCCCAAGCUGUUCUGGGGUGGGGGCAUUUUUCCUUGCAAUACCCAAGCAAUCAAGUUCGGAGCUGGAUUUUCUCCUGGGUUCCAAACUUUUUGCAGGGACAACUCAGCGCAGUUCUUCCCCUCCUCGUCACACACCGAACUUUUUUGACUUUGGAAGCACCAGCAGCAGCACAGCCGGAAGGUUUCUUAACCAUCGCACCACCAGGCUGAAAGACGAGGUUGAGCGGGUUGAGAGCGUUUCCGACUUUUUGGCGGAUCUUCGCACAGAGGAGCGGCAAUUUCGCGAAGGCUCGAGACAUUACGGAAGCGAAGACGGAACCGUUGCGGAAGGUAGCUGCGGGGGAGCACAAAAAGAACAAAUGAUCCGGUACGAAGUAGCAAAAAGCGUUGACGUAAGCCGCAAAGAGACCACUGGUGGUCUCGUAGAAGAUGUAUCCAAUUGCAUGGAAGGAGAUGAGCUACUAUCCCGCAAACCCUCUGCCCUGACCGACUUGAUGGAGUGCCUGGAAAGGGAGGGAGCGGGGUUGUAUGUAGAAGGGAAAAUAGAUUUUGGCCAACAUCAUAAUAGUGGUGUAAUUCAGCAGGCUUCCGCUACUGUUGACUCCGCGCUAACAGCUGAAACACAGGAGGUGGAACAGCCGCUGGAAGAAGUAACUGUGCGACCAAGCGCCGAGGAAAAGGAUGAAGCAGGAGCAGCGCCAGAAAAUAUGAUGAAACACUGGAACCGCUCGAGGACAGCAGAUCCUGCGCAGGGAGAUGAACGAGUGGACGAACCGCGAACGAAGCUCGGGGUGGAAGCAAAAUACGCAGCGGGCAGCAGCAGAAGCGCAGAACACUUGCCAGGUAGAAGUUCACCACGAGAGGUCGCUUUAUCUGACGGAGAUGGUAAUGGUAAUGCUAUGGCUAUAAAUCCCUUCGUGGACGACGACCCUCUUCUUCAAUUUCCGUCAGCCACUAGAACGGCACCUCCCUCGUCGACACGAGAAAUUUACUACGAUCCUGGCUGCAGCGAGGGACGAGAACAAGCUAUACAGUCCUCGUGUGCAGCUGUUCAUGCUCAUACUCAUCCACUCGCGGCCCCAUCGAUGAACCCACACGCAAUUGCCGCGGGAUCGAGUAUCGCAGAAAGCAGCUCCAAGACGGAGCCGACAGCCCAAGCAGGAGCGUUAAGGAGCAGCACUUUACGAGGUUGUGAAGCCGCACGGAAACCACGCACAUUCCCUUCCAAAAUGAGGCCCCUUCAAGAAGUACGGGUGAACAAGCAAGCUCCUCUACGGCUGUCCCUCCCACCGGUAUAGAAUUCUCAAACGUUACAUUCUCAACUGUUGCGUGAAUUUGUAAUGCAAGAACCACAACGACAACGAUCGAAGGGGCAAGCUUGCUGCUUUCGCAUCAAAGAUUUGGUACAGAUUUGCAUGCUGGUCAGCCCUUCGGAGAUUUGUCAUACGAAGCAGCUUGAUGACCAUCUGGCGGCUUAAGGUGGUUUUGCAUGACAAAACCAUGCAACACUUGAGAAUGUAACAGUUGAGAACACCAUAACCGGAGUCGUCUUGUUCUGAGGACGAUAGUGGAGACCAUGAUGGCGCAGGGUGCGCACCUCCGUGCACAGGACGACCUUCUUGGCCCGGUAGCCCGCCCGACGCAAAUUUCGCCACGGGUGGACACGACAGCUGCGCAAUCAAUACGCCUCGUCGCACAGCGGCGUGCUCGUUUUCGUCCAAGGACGAGCAUCAGCGUGGCACUUUGCCUAGCAGCUGCGAGCAAGCAACCAUAACCAACCUUCCGAGCACCUUGUUGUACAGCUCGAUGGCGAAUGAUGUCAAGGUCACUUUCAAUAUCGAUCCUUCGCGGCUCCUCGGGGUGGAAGCGGGCGACAAAACCAGUCAAGACGCUUUUGUUGAUGCCCCUUCUGCUAGGGGACAAUACGCGAAGUUUCGAAAGGGCUCGGCGUCUGUUCCGGAACGGCUCGUAUCUCGAUCUCCUGGGCCGAAAAGGCUGAUCACGAUUCUGGACGACCGAUUGCAGGUCCCCUUGGCGGUUGCCGCGGCGCAGCAGCGCGCAGCACUGUAUCGCGAAAAGAGCCAGGAACACGAGAGGGAGAGGAAGCUCGAAGUGGAGAAGAAGAAGCGGGAACUGUUCGACAAAAGGGACGUGAGAUAUGGCGUUCUCAAAUGUUACUCAACUGUUACAUGAUUUGUAAUGCAAGAAUGGCAAAAGUGAAAUGAAGGGCCUUGCGCGUCUUGCAUGACAGAUCUGUGUGUGAAAACCUUUGACCUUUGCCCUUUGCCAUUCUUGCAUCACAAAUUGGGGAUGCGCAUUACAAGUCUUCCUGUCUUUGCAAAUCUGCAUUACAACUCUUGGGAUAUUGAAUCUCUAAUGCUAGAAAUCGCUAAUAGAAAGGGUCGUAAAAAGAUCAAAGGGUCGUAAAAGAUAUGGCAAAAAAUCGGUCGUCGUUUUUCGUUCACAAGUCGGUACAUGAUGUAGAUGCAUUCUAAUGACCCUCUUCUGCGACGCGUAUUUUUCGUCAUUGCCUGCGACUGGCUGUAAGUUGUGUAUCAGGUUGUUGUAUGGAAAAGCAGGCAGGAAACAAUGAAAAAGAACAGGACGCGAGCGCCUCCUCGUUGAAGAGGAGGCGCAUCCUUGAAGAUGAUUCCAUUACCAAAUAAAAUAGCAGCUUUCUUUUUUUUUGUUCUUUUGUUCUUUAAGGGUUUAGGUCUGAGGAUUUUGAACAAGCGAGGACAAGCUCUUCCUGGCCUUUUUCAGCAACCAGCGCGCAAGACACCAGAUAGGAGCACGACAAAUCUAGUUGCCCUGGGUCGAGCACGCACUCUCUUUGUAGGGUGUGUGUUGCUGAUCUCGUUUUUACAUGAUGGACACUAUACACAGGGGAGAAACAGAUUGUUCUCUGGGCCAUUGCGUCAGUGGAUCGUGGGAGACUUGUUGCAGUUUUCAAAGAAAAACGACUCUGCUGCUAGUCAAGCAUGAGAAGCCAGAAACAAUGCGCUUCAGUUUCUAUUUUGAUAGGUAUGUAAUACAGGUGGGGGGAGGUCGCAAUCUGUUUCAAACCUGCCUUGUAUGAAAAAUAGACCCAGGGUAAAAAGAUAGUAGUAUCAAAUGAAAAGCAGUAACUGCACAAAGUUACUGCUUUUUUCCAUAAGUAUAGGCCGGCCAAGGUGCAGCAGCAAGUGGACGGGAAAAAGGUGGUGAAGUGAGUAUGCUCUGCACUUGCCGGGAAGACCGCCGAGACGCUUUGUAUGAGAAGCUUUUUGUCAUGAGUUGCUUAAGUGCAACGGCUUCGCGUCGAGGCACAUGGCUUCAGUUUUAUAUGUACGGCUUGGGCAUCAACCCCGGGAGGAUCAUUUUGUAUGGUAGAGGAAUCGGUCUAAGGAAAGGGAGCUUGUUGUUGGAGGUGUGAUCAUCAAGUGUUUGGCAAGUAGAUUCAGAACAAGACAGACCUUGCGUUCCCUUCAUCCAGUGAGGCCUGACCAGGAAGGGGAGCGCGCGGGGCCCGGACAGGGCGCGGGAGGUGCUGCGCCUCUGGUCUGAAUCUGCUUGGCACACUGUGAUACCUUGCACUUUUAUCCGCGUACCAGCCUAAUUCUUAUCCCCCUAGCUGGCGCAUCCAACAAUGAGAUCCUGAGCAGAAUCAUUUUGCGAAUGAGUAAGAUUUUUUUUCUAGUAGUCAGGAAAGUGGACCACUGUCCAUCUCAGAUCCAAUCCUCCCUUGGCAAAAAAAAAAAAAAAAAAGUCUUGCGUGACAGAUCUGGCACAGAUUAUCAGCCUGCUUGGCCGUCUGAGAAUUUGUCAUGCGAAGCAGCUUGAUGGCGUUGAUAGUCAAGGCAAAUUUGCAUGACAAAUCCUGUAACAGUUGAGAGUGUAACNGGCCGUCUGAGAAUUUGUCAUGCGAAGCAGCUUGAUGGCGUUGAUAGUCAAGGCAAAUUUGCAUGACAAAUCCUGUAACAGUUGAGAGUGUAACGUUUGAGAACCCCAUAUGAGAAUUCAGAAUUUCAUCGUGGCUCAACGAGCAAGGAAAAUAGAAAAACCAAAUGCUUCGCGGAAUUAG